AUGCCGGACGGCGCUUCGCACGUGGGAGCUCGGGGCCAGGAGCAGCAGCUGUCGGCGUUGCAGAACAUCACGGCGCUUCUGCGGCAGUCGUUCAGCAGCCAGUUCGUGUUCCCCGUGCUGGGGCACGAGGACGCGCCCGGCGCCUACCACAACCUCACGCAGCUCUGGAGCUACUGGCUGCCCUCCGAGGCGCUGCACACCAUGCGCAAAGGCGGCUACUACACGAUCGAGCGCAAGGAGAGGAAGCUACGACUCAUACUGAUCAACACCAACCUCUACAUCGGCGUGGGCGGCGCCUCCCAUGGGUCUGACGACGACCCGGCGGGUCAGUGGGCGUGGCUGGAGAACACGCUUCAGAAGUCGCUCAACAACAGGGAGACGGUGUACAUCGUGGGCCACGUACCUCCCGGCGGUGACGAGCGGACGAGCGGACUGGUGACCCCGCCGGCCCGAGCCGUCUUCCGCGAGCGCUUCAACGCUCGCUACCUGGAGCUGGUGCGCCGCUACAGCUCCAUCAUCGUGGGCCAGUUCUUCGGACACCUGCAUGCGGACUGCUUCCGCGUCGUCUACGACACGAGUGGUGUUCCCGUGUCGUGGAUUAUGGUGGCUCCGGCCGUCUCCCCUCGCAGGGGUCACGGCUCGGCGACCAACCCAGGGCUUCGCCUCUACAAGUUCGACACCGACACGGGGAAGGUGUUGGACUACGCACAGUACUUCCUGGACCUGCAGCAGGUGGCGGCGCGGGAGGCGUUGGUUCAGCAGCAGCAACAGCAGCACCAGCACCAGCACCACCACCACCACACGCCACACGCCGACGAAUGGCAGCUCGAGUACAACUUCACUUCCUAUUACGGCGUCCACGAGAUCUCGCCGGAGGCUCUCGCUGGCCUCGCCGAGGCCUUCCCGGACCCAGCACGGGCCAAACUAGCCAACAAGUACGACAGGGCGGCAUCAGUGAGGUACACUGGCACCGGCGGCGGCGGCGCGUGGUGCGACUCGGCGUGCGCUCACGCGCACUUCUGCUCGGCGACCAAGCUGGAGCGCGCGGCACUGCGCCGCUGCCUCGCCGUGGCCGCCAGCUCGCUGCACUCAGCGGCGGGGGUUCCCCGGCCACCAGCCGCGCUAGUUGCUCUGGCCGCCGCCGUGCUGGCAGCGGCGCUGCUGCUGUGCGUGUCCGGCACGCCAUCGUGA